AUGACAUCACACAUAAGUCUAGAUAGGGAUAACGGAGUUAUGUUUACUCGUGAGGAAACUAUUAUCCUCAAUGUGGGGGGAAUAAAGUAUGAGACCUAUCCCUCAACGUUGACUGCAUUUCCUGAUACUUUGCUUGGGACGAUGUUUCAAGAACGAAAUAGAGAAAUGCUACAUCCAAAGAACGGUAAUGAAUUUUUUAUUGAUCGUAAUGGAUAUGCAUUUCGAUAUAUUCUUGAAUUUUACCGAAAUGGAAAGAUUUUAUGGAGCGACCGAGCGGAUAAAAAUCUCGUAGCAGUAACUCGUGAAGAACUUGAUCAAGAAAUAGAUUAUUUUCAAAUUCCAAUUAAGGAUAUUGCUGUUACUUCAGGGGAAUUGGCAGUAGCUUCCAAAGUUGAUGCAUUUGUAGCUGCUCUUAAAGAAGAAUUUGAUUGGUAUCCAGCACAAGGACAAAGUGAAAUAAUAGCAGAUAUUAUGAAACCAUUUAAUAUGGUUGGCUUUGUUAUAUUACAACACUUUGGGGAUGCCAUAGAGAGGCAUAUUAAAUCAGAAAUUCCUGAAUUCUCAUGGAGAUGUGAAUUUUAUAACUGUAAACCAAGGAGAGGAUAUGGCGCAUUAAUGUCCCCGUAUCAAUCCCAUAAUCAUAGUUUCUUGAAUAAUUCUUUCAAUAAUAACGGAUUUAAUGGUAUAGGUAGAAUGGUACAACCAAAUAUGAUGACUUUUCAACAUAUAAUAAAUGCGAAUAAUAAUACAUCCACUGUUUCAUCAUGGCCCGUACUUGGCAGUGGAUUCAAUCAAAAUAACAAUAAUCAUCAGCAAACGAAUUUAAAUAAUGUUGCAGCGGAUGUGAAUGGCGUCACGAGAUUAUUUGGUAAUAACGUUAACGGAUUUAAUUCUAAUAGUGUAAGCCAAGCUGGUAGAGGUCAAGGAAUUAAUUUUGGUCCAAAUCAAUUAGGUGGAGGUCAAGCAAGCAAUUUUAGCUCAAAUCAAUUAGGUGGAGGUCAAGCAAAUAAUUUCGGUGCUACUCGGACACCAAUUGUGUUUGGAGCUAAUCAAGCGGAUGGAAAUGUACAACCAUUCGGAGGGAAUCCAAAUGGAAAUGGUCCAAAUUUCAAUGGAAAUCAACCCGCGGUUGAUGGACAGCAAUUUGGUGUAAAUACAACAGGAGUGAAUGGACAAGCACCUGGACCACCACCUCCAUUCGGUGGGAAUCAAGCAACAGGUAAUGGGCCGACCGUGAAUGGGCCUUCACUUGGACAUCCAUUAAUAGGAGGUGGAAAUCAAACAACAGGUAACGGAACUCCAUUUGGCGUCAAUCAAUUAACUGGAAAUGGUCCUUCGCUUACUUCACCAUUUGGUGAUGGUGGAAAUCAUUCAACAGGUAAUGGACCAUUCGUAGGUGGAUCGAACAAUCAUUUCGGAAAUAUGUCACAAUUUGGAACGACAUUCAACGGAAAUCAGACAAACAAUAAUGGGAACGUACAUUUUAGUGGUAAUCAACCCGGUUUUGGUUUUGGUACCCCAUUUAUUAAUCAGACACAAGGAUAUGGUCCACAUACAAUAACUGGAUUUGCAGGAGGUUCAUCCAAUUUUUUUAAUGGAGUUCCUUUAGGAGUAACAUUUCGGACAAACAAUAAUUCUGUUACAUCUGCUCAACCAUCAUCUAUGCAAGGUUUUUCUUACCCGACAACUCAUUCCAGUCUCUUUGGAAAUCAACAUACGGUAUCAUAUAAUAACGGCGGUCAAACUUAUGUACCACUUCAUGCAGGACAUCAUGCCUUUGCUCCAAUGUCAACUCACGAUAAUGAUACGCCCUCAAUGUUUCUUCGUCGAGCAGAAGGAAGGGCUCUAAAAUUGUUAAUCAGGUUAGAUUAUGAUUAUUCGGUAGCAAACAUAUUAUCAAAUACUUGUCUUGCUAAAUGA